AUAACAAUAUAAUAAUAAUAAAUUAAUUAAAACGUAAUUUAGCUGUGACACGGAGAGUAAUGCCUGGUGUUAAUAGAGUUGGAGUGGUCCCAGCGGAUGAAUUUGUUGCUGAAAAUGACAAACUCAAAGCUAAAGCUUCACUCAUUUCUUUCCAGCUAAGUUUUUGUUGGUGUGUUGGACAUGUUCGGGGCGGUGCUGACCCUGCUGUCCCUGGCCUUCAUCCUGUUCACCUUCCCCCUCACUGGCUGGAUGUGUGCUAAGGUCAUCCAGGAGUAUGAGAGGGCUGUUAUCUUCAGACUGGGCCGCAUUCUUAAAGGACGAGCCAAAGGACCUGGUCUGUUCUGGUUCAUCCCCUGGCUGGAUGACAUCGACAAAGUGGACCUGCGGACGUCACACAGAGAAUGGAAAAGGUGCUGUAUGCCACAUCCAGACUGUGGGGGGUUCAGGUGCAGCGGGUGGAGCUAAAAGACCUCAUCCUCCCUGUCAGUCUGCAGUGCUGCAUGGCGUCAGAGGCUGAGGCUGCCAGGAGGGCCAGGGCUAAAGUAUCUAAACACACACACACACACACACACACACACACAGUGUACAAAUUAAAAACACACAGGGGUGUCUGAGCUCUUGCCAUCAGUUUCAGUUAAUCCCAGUGAACCUACAGACAAACUGUGUGUUUAUGUCUGUGCAGGUUGUCAGAAAUUUGGGUCAUGUGAUACAUGUCAUAUCCAGCAGGUUUGAAAGUAGUAGACUGUGGUGUGAUAUGCAUAGUGCUUUAAUAAUGCCAUGAAAACAUAUUGUGAGAUUUUUAUGGUUUGGAAUUAAACUUGACAUCAGCUCUAUGUCAGUGCUUCCCAGUUGUGGUUUUAUCCAAUCCACAAGCAUUAAAUGUGCAGAGCAGCUUCUCUAUAGAACUGCAAAAUGUAUCUGACUUCACAACUCACUUUAUUUGAUCAUAAGAAAUACCAACUGAAUUCACUAUUUUCAGGUUCCUCUGAUCAAACCACAUAUAUUACAAAAUUGACGCAGUGGUAAGAAUUUACUCAUGUACUGCACUGACUAGACAAAUUCACCUAUUACGUUGUGUAACGGAAACAUCACAGAUUAUGAUCAUGAAAGCAAAGAGCCUUUCAGGUAUUUUCUGCCAUCCUGUGACCUUAACGUGCCUCUCUCUGUGCGUAUGUGAGAUGAUUGUGGCUGAAGGAGAGCUAAAGGCGUCUCAUGCUUUAAAGGAGGCGGCGUCAGGACUUUCCCCAAUCGCUUUCCAGCUCAGAUACCUGCAGUCCUUAUCCUCGGUCCAGAGCAGCGCGUCCAUCGUGGUCUUCUCCCUUCCCACAGAGCUGCUCAACAGGUUCAUCUCCCAUCAGCCUUAGAUCUCCACAAGUCACUGGACCCAAAUGUUCCUGCAGAGAGAUAAAAAAGUAGGCUGAGCAGUCUAAUCCUGAGGAACAUCCAAUUUAUGAAGACAACAGUUCACUAGCUUAUUAAAUGUGUCUUUGGCCAAACGUUUGAAUUGUCUGUGGCUGUUAAGAUGAUUGUUAAUUUGUAUUGAUAAAUAUGUACCAUAGCACCAAACUACAAAACAGCUUCUUUCCUUAGGCUCUGUGACUUCUCAAAGUCUUCCUUCACAAGUUUGUGUUUUCAAGAUUUGUUAUUCAUUCAUUUAAUUUAAUUUUAAUUUGUGAGUAACAUAAAGGGAUUACAGCUGACAUUUGGCUUUACAAUCUUGUUUGGUAUAAUGACUAAUAAACUAAUCUUAUAUCUAUCUUUUUAAUAAAAUACAUUUUUAUA